GCCAUGUCUAAAGCGACAGUGAAGAAGCUGCACUGGCGCUCCAAGGUCCAGGAGAGCUUCGUCCCGCUGGGCGGCGGCUCAGGAGAGCUGGGUCUGGCCAUCGGAGGCGGGGCAGACUACGGCGAGUUCCCAUUCGUCACGGCGGCCCAUGGGGGCGGGGCCACUGUGGGCGACAUCAUUUUAGAGAUUGGGGGGACGCCUGUGUUAGGAAUGACUCUGGGGGAUGUCAGAGGAGUCCUCAACUCCUGUCCUCAUCCAAUCAGAAUUAAGACUGUCUCACCAGGUUCGUCGCUCUGUAAGGACCUCAGGUUGUACCUCAGUAAGUGUUUCACUCCAGGCUCCAUGGACAGUCAGCUGCAGCAGCUCAUCAGAGAGAACCUGUACCUGCGAGCUGUACCCUGUACGACCCGGCAGCCUCGGGAUGGAGAGAUUUCAGGCGUCGACUACAACUUUGUGUCCAUUGAAGAGUUUUUCUCUCUGGAGGAGUCUGGAGCUCUGCUGGAGAGCGGCAAGUUCAAAGGGAACUACUACGGUACACCCCGGCCUGUCCACAUCGGCCCAGAGAGUCCACCAAUUACGUACCAGGAACACCGAAACCUGCUGAGGAACUUCAGGACGAGGAGCAAAUCUCUGAGUAACCUGGAGAAAGCUGUGGAGGAAGGAGACAACAGUGAGGAGGACAGUGGACUGUCAGCGGGUUCGGCCGGAGCCCCGCCCACCACUCUGCCUCUCAGCCAAUCGUGGGAGACUGCGGUGGGGAGUCGGGAGGGAACAGAGAAUGGAGGAGGGGGAGGAAGAGGAGCAGGUAGAGGAAGAGCACUAGGUGGUCCCUUGCCUGAAAACUGGGAGAUGGCAUUCAGUGAUUCAGGAGAGCCGUACUACAUUGAUCAUAACUCGAAGACAACCAGCUGGCUGGAUCCUCGAGCUCAGAGCAAAGAGACGACUUCCUGUACAGAACUCCCAGAGUUCACUGAGCAGCCCAGUCAGCUGAAGGGUUACUCCAUCCACACUCGGCUGUCUAAAGGUGCUCGAGGGUUCGGCUUCAACAUUGUCGGAGGAAGUCGACCGAGAGAGUUUCUACAGGUGUACAGCGUCACGCCUGGAGGGCCACCAGCACUAAAUACAGCGGACAUCCUGGUCUACAUCAAUGACAGCUGUGUGUUGGGUCGCUCUCAUAAAGAGGUGGUGGAGAUGCUGAAGUCAGUGCCGAUGGGUCAGAGCGUGGAUGUGGUGCUGAGGAGAGGAUACCCAAUGCUUUAUAACCCUGAUGGAUGUCCCAAACAGAGUCUGGAGACGCCACAGACUCCCAGCGAGCCUCCUAACCCCCCCAGUGUGAGCCGCAGCCUGACACACCUCACCUACAGCCGACCGCUGGACACCAACGGCAGCACGCCAGGACUGAGUCAAACUCCACCCACCUACACUGCUCAACCAAUGACGAACGGGUUAACAGGCCCACCGACGCCCACUUCCUCUGACCCCCCACUGGGUCCACCACCCCCUCCAGAGAGGACAGCAGCCAAUCACAGUGACUCCGAUGGUGGCAUGUCCAAUGCUGGAACGCGAAGGUCUUCUCUGAUUCGCUACAACAGCAACACUCUCCCCGCCCUCUCCUCCUCCCUCCUCCACCAUCAGAGUUCCAAGUCAUCAGAGAGUGAUUUGUCUACUUCGACACUCCCCAACUCCUCCUCCACACUCCCCAUCACCUCCUCAUCCUCCCAUACUCUGUCCAAACUACCCCUCUCUCAGCCAGAGACAGGCCAUCUACAAAACUCCUCCAGCCCCACCACCACUAACAACCCCAUUUCCUCCUCCACACCUCCUGGUGCUCCCGUGCAGCGCCCACCAAUGCCCCAGACUUCCCUCGCCCUGACCCCACCCAGAGAUGUCCCACCCUGCGGCUUUAACGGCUGUCCCGCCAAUCACCAAGCACCCUCCCCAGCCACCCGGGGUAACCCUGGGUUGGAGCUCCCCCUCAGCGCGGGGUCGCCUGGCUCAGCUCCUGGUGGGGAGCUUGUACCAGUGGCCCUCGGGCGCAGUGAGAGUGGGGGACUGGGGUUCAGUGUAACAGCGGGAGGGCAAGGAGGUCAGCUGGCGGUGGUGAGGCGGGUCUGGGAUCGAAGGCACUGCCCCUCGCUGCAGUCAGGGGACGCUAUAGUGAAGAUCAACGGAGCAGAUGUACAAAGCCUCAGCUUCUCCCAGGUCCAGAGAGUCCUGCAAGAACACACCAAACAGGGAGAGGUGGUACUCCUGGUCUACAGAGGAGGUCCUAUGUCUUCCCCACUCGUCACCCCCAACUUGUACAAGCUACUCCCCUCCCCACACAAUCCGGUCACCCCCUCCUCAUCCCACCCUCUCAAUUUAACCGACUUGCCUUCACAGUCCACGGGUGCCUUGGUGGGGGGCGUCCCCCCACUCACCCAAGCCGGCUUGGCCCCGGAGAGUCCCCAGGAGGGACACCUACCAGCCCCAGGAACCCACCAAGGAGCCCCUCCGGCCCAGACGCCUAACGGGCCCCCAGCCUCAGCCCUCAUCCAGAGCACCAGCUUCCUGGACUCAGUUCCUGUGACACUGACCUUAGAGCCACGUGAUUUGUUGGGUGUAGAGGAAAGUGCCGGUGGGCCUCCUCCAGUCAGAGGAGGGGUUGGGGGAGCAGCACUGGGAGCAGUGGCCAAGGACGGAAGAGGGGGAGUAAAGACCAUGGAGGUGGAGCUGAGGAGGCGGCCAGGAGAAGGCUUUGGAUUCGUCAUUGCCUCUCAGGAAGUGACUAAUGGAGCACCCUCCCUGAUGUCUCACCGGUUUGUGACGGUGCGUCGCGGCAGCCCGGCGGCUCGCAGCGGCCACAUUCAGCCUGGAGACCAGCUGGACGCGGUGGAGGGUAGACCGGUCGGAGGUCUGCAGCACCGAGACCUCGCUCAGAUCCUGAGGAGAGCCGGGAACACGCUGAGACUGAGCAUCACACCCAGACACCACUCAUCCUCUCUGUCAGAAGGAGCAGACUUGGACAUUGAUGGUCGGAUGAUGAAAGGAUCCAGAGGGAGGUCAAAGGUGUCUGAUCAGCUGGUGGAGAUAAAUGGAGACAGUACAUCAGGGAUGACUCACAGUCAGGCUGUGGAGCAGAUCAGAAGAGGAGGACAUCGAAUCCACCUCGUCCUCAAGAAAGGAAACGGAUACGUGCCCGACUACGGCCCUGAGGAAGGAGCCCUCUCCCCCUCCACCUCUUCACACGCAGAGGAGCAGGAUGUGGAUACAGUAACCAUGACAACCGCCUCCCUCAGCCAGCAGAGGAGAGGAGGAAGUGGUACAGGAGGAGGAGGAGGAGGAGAGAGGAGGACGAGGGCGAGGAGAGAGGGAGAAACCAAACGACGAACAGGAGGAGGAGGAGGAGGAGGAGGGUUAGGGCCUCCUGAUCUGGACCUGGACCUGGUGGAGGAGGAGGCACGGGAGGAGGAGAGGAGGAGGGAGGAGGAGGAGAGGAGGCGGCAAGAGGAGGAGAGGAGGAAAACAAGCCAGACUGUCAGGCAGAAGGAGAAGCGGGAUGGCCAGAGGGAGCAGGGGAGGAGGAGCAGGAGUUUACCCAGGAACAGUGCUCGAUCCCGGGACACAUCUCCGCCGGAGGAGAGGGUGGAGGUGGGGGGUCCUGGAGGUGCAGUGAAGGAGAGAAGGAGGAGCGAGACGAAGAGCAGGAGGAAGGCAGCGGAGACCGACAGAGAGAAGGAGGAAAAGGGAGAGGGGAGGGAAAGGAGGGAGGAGAGAGAUGACAGCAUCACCCGCCGUGCAAAGCAUUCUGGGAGCUCAGCUACAGCUCAGAGGGCAGCGUUCUCCUUCCUCAGACCGAUGGACGACGAUGAAAGCCAGCAUCUGUCUGACAGCGAAUCAGCAGCCAGUUUCUCAGAGGUCAGCCUAUCAGCAGCUAGCAUCGCCACUGUGGGGUGGAGAGAGGAUUUUGAUUGGAGGAGAGCACAGUCGCCAUGGGAACAGGGGAGUGCCCCAGGCCCCUGGCUGAAGCCGAGCCCGCAGAGACUAACGCAGGUUCUGAUUGGCAGUCGGCUCAGUGGGCAGGAACUAGUGGGCGGGCUCUCUCUCUGAUUGGUUCACAGCAAGACAUUCUCUUUCUUCACUGGCUGCUUUAAAAGGGCUUUUUUGAUUGGCCUGAAGAGAGAAGACCCGCCUCUUCCCGAUUCUUAUUGGAUGACAGCAACCAAUUCUGUUUCUAAUUGGAGGAUGAAAAGCAAACAGAUAAGGACUUUUUUUGAUCGGCUGGUGGGUGGGUUUUGAGGCCUCUGACUGGCCAAUGACAUAACAGCUGCACACAGAGCCGCCUAAUUAACCAACAAUUUUAUUUUUAUUUUACCCAUCAUCCCUCAGUGCAUCCUGAGACCUGUAUCAUGAGGCCAGAUUAGGGUGUAUUCCAGCUCUGACUUUCUGGUAUCAUGAUGCUGGUGCACCUUUAACCACAGUAGCUCACCAUGGUAACAGGGUAGCUCACCAUGGUAACCAGGGUAUCAAAAGCUGUCAACAGGCCGACUACUGACCAUCAUCAUUCCUACAGGAUCCUGCCAGGGACAACAGUAAUGAAGAGCAACAGAUUAUUUUAUAAGACAGUAGAAUCUCUUUCAGGUCUAUGAUGUCAGACAUAAAAUAUCUAACAGAGAAAUUAAAGCUUCACUCACAGACGAACGAAUGGUGAUUACAGCUUCAUAUAUUGAAAUAAGUUCCUUUUAUUCCGGACAUGACUCGCACACUCUCAUUCCAACACUGCAGCUAAGACAGAGAACCUUUAACAUCUUUUUAGACUCAUGCAGAUCAGGGUUUGAAAUAAGAACGGAAACCCACCCUCACCUUUUAUUAGAGCGACACCUUAAAUACUUGGAUUGUUAAUGGAAAAUGUAUUUUGCAUGUUUAAAGAUGGACGACACAUAUUGAUAGCCUCGCCAAUGGUAUUUUGUCUGUUCCUACAGCUUCUUCUUGGCUGAUUCUAGCUGAGUAUCUGCAGUAACUAACAGGCAUCAUCUGUUUGAUCCCACAUCAGAUUAAAUACUCCACUCAUGAUUGUGAUCAUGUUUGACUGAUUUGAUUCUUUUAUGGAUCUGCACACCAAGUGAAAGGAUAACAUGAUGAAAAGAACUUUUAACGAAACAGACGAUAGUGUUUCAUGAACAACGUCACAGCUACACGCCAACGUUUAAAACGGGGUGAAGCAAUGACUGUAAAGAUAAAGAUGGACGACUUAUCUCCACUUCCUCCCACUGCACAAAAAUGAAGCCAAACUAAACACGUGCUGCCAUGUUGUGUUGCUGAUGUAAUUUGGAGGCAGAGUCUGUGCAGCGGUGGUCGGAGGGUGGAGCUAAGAUAUUGAGGUCCCGCCCACACACUUUCCUGACUCCAACACUGGGCUCAGCUGUCAAUCAUGAUGCCAUACCCCCUUUGUAUAGUAUCAAAUGAACACUUGAACAUACAUCAGCGUGUAAAACUACGUAAAAUUAUAGGAACCAUGUUUGUUUAACAUGUACAUUGAGUUUUUGUCUAUGUCCCAACUGCUAACAUGGACAGCUAUACUGCUGUCAGCCACCAGGGGGCAAUAGUGAUGGUUUGACUUCACUUUUGAGGAGUCAUCAUGUCAACGAUCCUCAUAUACAGUCAAUGGGGUUUACAUAUUUCAUCUAUAUUCAUGACGAGCUCUUACACACACACACACACACACACACACAGAGGCAGUGAGCAGGGACCACCAAGAUCUGCCACUUUGUGCUGUUGACCAAUAACAGACCAUCAUGACUGAGCUGAGCUCUGAUUGGAUGGAGAGCUGGAGAGUCCAGCUACCGUAGCUUAGCGUAUUAGCUGUGUCACUAUCCAGUUUCAUUCAAAAGUAAAAACUGCUCCACAUCAGAGACGUGGUUCAUACACAGUGAGGAAACAGUGGACACUUACUGUCCUGUUAGCAACCAAGCUAAGCUAACAAGACUGUUAGCAAGCCUGUUAGCUUGCAUUAUUUGCCCUCUUCAGUAACUUUAUUGAACAGAAUGUGACGCAGAGUAAACGACAGCAGAGGGAAUCUGCGGGAGCUAAUGUGACAAACUGGAGCUAGCCCGGGCUAGCAACUUAGCAGCUAGCUCGGCAACUCCAGCAGUUCACCAGCUAGCCCUGAGUCUUCACAACGUCACCAAAUAUUUUUGCAAAGACAUUUUACACAUUGUGGUGUGAAAUGACUGCAGCAGUUCAGAAAUGACAAACUGUAAACUGAACGUCCAUAAACUGAGCCAGUAGGUGACCAGCUUCAUGAUACCAGUUGUCAGGAUCACUGAUGUUGGACUGAUACAGGUCUGUCUGUGACAUCAUUCAUCCGCAUCUUCAUCUUUCUAACUUUAACUUGUAUGCAAACAACAUGAGAACCUUUCAGUCCCGAAGCCUCCGAGACGAAACUGCUGUCGCACAUUGAAGGCAAUGUUUUUUGAUCCUGUGUAAUCUGAGCAUGUGAAUAUCACUGGAAUGAUUUUUUAUUUUUAUAAGCUGAACAUGUAAAGGCUCAAUUACUAUUAUUACUAUUAUUAUAAUUAUUAGAGAUUAAAUAGACGCAGAGAUGAUCAGAUUUGCCUGCUUGCUUGUAAAAAGUAAAAAAAAAAAAAAAAAAUUGCCCUGAUGACGUAACAGAGCCAUAAACUCUAAACACACACACACACACACACACACACACACACACACUUCAGGUCCAGCUGUGGUCCUGUUGGCUGUCAAUAACCAUAACAUCGUCAUGGCAACUCAGAUGACAGGAUGAACUGUUUCUAUAGCAACCGCCAUGGUAGAGCAGAACUCUGUGGCCAACAUGGCCGACAACCUGCAGCUCUGGAUCAUAACAAGUGCCUCAUUUUAUUUCAGCCUUCGUCCUGCAAACUGAUGCUGAAGCUGCAGGCAAAGACACCGCCACGACUCACCCCACCACUUCCUGUUCAAACCCUGCCACUUCCUGUUCUCACCCUGCCACUUCCAGUUCAAACCCAGCCACUUCCUGUUCUCACCGCACCAUUUCCUGUUCUCACCCCAACACUUCCUGUUCACAUCCUGCGACUUCCCGUUGAAACCCUGCAACUUCCUGUUCUCACCCUGUCACUUCCUGUUCUCACCCCGCCAUUUGCUGCUCAACCUUUCAUGCACCGCUGUGUCCCAUCAAACGCCGCCUUGUUCUAAACUAACAUUCACUGUCAUAUUUGACAAAGAAAUGGACUGGAACCAGCAGAUUUUUGGCAUCUGUUGCUUGAAAAAUGACGAAAGUGUUUAAUUCUCAAAAUAGUUACAUGUAAAACAUUUCAAUGGUUUGAUUGAUUGAUUGACUGAUUGAAAACCUGUCUGUGUCUCAUUUCUGAUUGAUGUUGAUCUGAGGGAUCAGUCUGAGGCUGAUGCAGGAAUAAUUUCAUCGAUCAGUAUGAGCUAAAUUAAAGGCACUGUGAAUGAGAGAGAGAGACAGUUAACUAACGCUAAUUCAGUCAAUAACUUGAUGGGAGAAUAAACAGUUGCCAGUUUGUCGUCUGAACUAGACAAAAAUUGUUUAGGAGGUGAAAGAAGCUUCACUCUGUAACACCACUGAACAACCAGAGUGGACUGAGACUCUCUGUGACAGAGAUCACACAUUCUCCAGUUAAACUUUGGCUCAUACCAGAUCAAUAAUUUAAGAUGAUUAACUUUGUCGCUUUCAACCUGCAGUAUUGGAUCUGAUAGGUCAUAAAAAUCAAGUGUGUCAGAUUUAGCAUCUACAGCUGUUAUUUCAAUGGGUCAUAUCCAUAUUUAAUCUACAGUUCAAGUAUCAGACCAGACUGGGAAUCAGCAGAUAAUCAAUAUUAAAGAAAUUGGAUUGGGAUCGUAAAAUAAAAGUAAAAUAAAAUUUAGUCUGUAAAGAGGUUCAAAUCUUGAUGGGAAAAAUCCACUAUGAACAUUGUUGGUGAAGUGGUUUGUGAUGUCUCAUCCAUCCAUCCAUCACUUGUCUGUCUGCCUGCAUGCAUGCCCUCCACAGCAACACUACAACUCCCAUGCACCUUGCGCUGCCCUUUAGCCCCGCCCCUCAGCCUGCUCUCAUUGAGGGCAUUUGGAUCUUUGUCUUCUAUGCAUUUUCUAAGACUGUGUCCUGGUGAUUGAUCCUCUGAUCGGUUCUGACCAGCAGCUGAUCAGAGGAUCACCUGAUCUGGGACUCUGCUUUUAAUGAUGGGUCUGAAUAUUCAGGUUCUGGUCCAAAGACGACCAGGAAGCACCGAGGUCUGAACAGGAUUCAGCAGUUUCAUCGUCAGACCUGCUCCCAGACAGCAGGAGGAACAAUAGAGGAACAUUAGAGGAAGAUGACGGAGGAAGAUGACUGAACUGCUUUAAUAAAGUGUCAAACUGGGCUGUAAACACACAGCUGCCUGCAGCAGCUCGUGGUCUGUCAGUGUUUAAUGUACAUGUGUCUGUCUGUCUGUCUAGAUCCAGCCUGACUCUGAAAGUCUGAGAUCAGUCACCCUGGACUAACUGUUAGCUCGUAAAUUAGCCGACUGCCUCGUUUAACAAACUAAUGCGAAUAGUUCAUUUUGGAGGAUUUCUAUUUAUUCUCUUUCUAAGACUGAAGUGUGUUCAGUACAGAGCUGGAGUUAUGAUGUGGUUGGCCUAGCUUAGCAUAAAGAUUGGAAACACAGGGAAGCAGCUAGCCUGGCUACUUAAAUGAGUGGCAUGAAAAUAAACACACAUGUAAUAACUACAGUUUGUUUUUAGGAGUAGUUGAAAUUGUUUCUUGGGCUAGCUGUUCUAUGCUUCCAGUCAUUAUGCUAA